CACCAGCUGUCCCAGCUUCAGAACCCCCGGGAUGGUCCGGGUGUAGCCCAGGUUCAGGACUCCGUCCUCGGAGGACCUUCCGCCGGUCGGUGUUGUUGUGAUGACGGAGUGCGACAUGUUGACGCUCUGGGUUCUGGAGACGACAGCUGGUCCAUGAAGGUCCAGUCGGAGGUCCGGGGGAUGGACGGGUACCCGGUGGUCCUGCCCUGCACCUUCAGCCACCCGCAGCACUCGCAGCACUCGUCUCUGCAGGUGCUGUGGCGCCUGGGCCACGGCCAGGGGGCCACCGUCCUGUACCGCUGCACCAGCCGGCCCGGGGCCCCCACCUGCGAGCCGGGCCCCCAGCAGGACCAGCGGUACCGCCUGGAGGGCAACCCGCGGGAACACGACCUGUCGCUGCGCAUCAACAGCGCCGCCCUGCAGGACAACGGGCGCUACUACUGCCGGGUGGAGGUCCAGGGCAAGGAGCACGUCAGCUUCGAGGACAAGAUGGGGACCAGACUGAGGGUGGAGGCUCCUCCAAAGGUUCUGGUUCUGUCCGUGGAGGGCAGCAGGCAGUCCGGGUUCAGGGCUCUGUGCCGGGUCCAGGGCUCUCCACUGCCGGACGUCCAGUGGCUGGGCCCGGACGACCCGCUGGAGGGUUCUGCCUCGCUGGCCCAGGGCUCCCCGGGUCGGUACCAGACCGUCAGCCAGCUGAUGGACGUGGAGCCGGGUCAGCAGUACACCUGCAGCGCCUCCAACCCGCUGGGCCAGGACCAGGCCUCCCUGUACGUCCUGCACCCCCGACCCGUCCCGCUGGGCCGCGGGGCCCCCGCCCCCCUGCUGCUCCUGCUGUCUGUGGCCCUGGGCCUCAAAGUGGUCCUGGUUCUGGGGAUGGGGGCGUGGCUGAUGCAGGGAGGGGUCCUGCAGGGAGCCCGCUGCUGCAGGAAGUGAUGUCAGUUUGUAAACAACAAACAAACAAACAAACAUUUAAAUCAAACGUCUUUAUUUUCUGCUGCAGGAAGAAUCCAGACUCUUAUCUACAAACAAAAACUGAACCACAGCCCGGUCCAGGUCCAGCAGCAGAACUCAGAGUUCAGGAGGCGAACCUGUG